AUGGCAGGCAAGCGGACAGGCACGCCGGAGGACGAUGUGCGGGAUCGAAUCGAGCUGCGCAAGAAGCUUGUGGUCGUAGGGGACGGGGGAUGUGGAAAGACGUGCUUGCUGAUCGUCUACUCGCAGGACCGGUUCCCGGAGGAGUACGUACCGACGGUAUUUGAAAACUACGUGCCGAUAGUCGAGUUCGAUAAGCGGCUCGUCGAGUUUGCACUCUGGGAUACGGCUGGGCAGGAAGAAUACGACCGACUGCGGCCACUGAGCUACCCAGAAACAGACGUGAUUUUGUUGUGCUAUGCGGUGGACUACCCCGCGAGUUUCGUCAAUGUCCAGGACAAAUGGCUGCCGGAAAUUGCACAUUUCUGCGAAGGCGUUCCGUUUUUGUUGGUCGCACUCAAGACUGAUCUGCGCGACGAUCCAACUUCGCUUGCGCUGCUGGCCGCACAAGGGAACAAGCCGAUCACGAGCGAGCAGGGCGAAGCUCUCGCGAAAGAAGUCAAAGCAUCUCGGUACGUGGAAUGCUCUGCACGCACCACGGACGGUGUACAGGAUGUGUUUCAGGCUGCUUUGGAGGAGGCGUGCAAGCCGAGGAUAAAGAAGGGAAAAUUCGGCCUGUGGAAAGGCAAUGGGCGGAAAAAAUGCAUGCUGUUGUGA